AUGGCUAUGGAGCUGCUGAACAUCGUGUUGCUGCUAGUACCGGCAGUGAUCGCACAGACGGACACGCGGAUUGUUGGGGGCUACCCCUGUGAGAAAGCCCAGCCCUGGCAGGCCGCGAUCUUCGAUUUAAACCGGCUGUACUGCGGAGGGGUGCUCAUCAACAAGGAGUGGGUGAUGACGGCUGCUCACUGCAGACUGCCUGGCACCACCAACAUACGGCUGGGCGAGUACAACCUGCGGCAGUUGGAUGACUCCGAGCAGCGCCGGAUGGCAGCGAAACUCAUUCCCCACCCCAGCUACAACCCCGCCACCAAGGACAACGACAUCAUGCUCAUCAAACUCAUCACCCCCGUGCAGCUGAAUAACAACGUGCACCCCAUCGCACUGGCCAGCAAAGCCGCCCCGCCGGGGAGCCUCUGCCAGGUGUCUGGAUGGGGCACCACCACCUCCCCCCAGCCAGCAUCAUUCCCAGCCUUGCUGCAGUGUGCCGACAUCAGAAUCAUCUCAGCGGCGGAAUGUCGAAGAGAGUAUUCCAGCUUGGUCACGGACAACAUGCUGUGUGCCGGUGUGCGACAAGGAGGCAUUGAUUCUUGCCAGGGUGACUCCGGGGGUCCCCUGGUAUGCGGCGGGACCCUCCAAGGCAUCGUGUCGUGGGGGUUGGAGGAGUGCGCCCAACCUAACAAACCGGGUGUUUACACCAAGGUCAGCAAAUACAUCAACUGGAUCCAGCAAACUGUACGGGGCGGGUGA